AUGGGAGGCGCCCACUCUCUGACCCCGAGGGGCCGGGAGCCGGCCGGGGAGAGGCCCCUGAGACCCAGGGAGACCGCCUCGGAUUCUGAAGGUAAUUUUGAGACGCCUGAAGUUGAAACACCCAUCAAGACACCUCUCAAGGACUGCUGUGAUUCGUCACUCGGAUCAGUAGGACCUGUGGCCAAAACCCAAGACUCACAAGAAGUUGAUGUACAGCUGAUAGCAGAAGUGGUUGCAAAAUGUUCGUCUGAGACUCAUUCUAGACCCACAGAAAACGAGGUUUCACAGCAGGCUAUUGAUUCUUACUCAGUUAGGGAUUUCAAAGAAGAACCUGAACAUGGUAUUAGCAAAAUUUCAGUGGUGAGGCCAUUUUCAAUAGCAACCAAGAAGUCCACGGAUAACUCAGAGGCAGCUCUUGGAACAGAAGCAGCAAAUGGCUGUGUAACGGCCAUUUCAGGCGAGGCUCUACCCUCCAGCCCACCAGAAGCCACCCAGGACAAGGUGAUGACAGAAAGCACCAUGGGGGUUACACUGGAGGCUUCCACAGAAGCUGACCUGAAGAGUGGCAACUCCUGUCCGGAGCCAGUGCCCAGCAGAAGCAAGCUCAGAAAGCCCAAACCCAUCUCUCUGAGGAAGAAGACAGAAACUUCCAUGGAGGGCAUGCCUCUCCCCCAGGCAUCCCAUCCUGAUGAAAUGGAUGGGAACACAAGUCCUUUGCAAGGAGAUGCCAGGACUCAGAAAUCUGCCCCUGACACUAAGGAAACAAGCAGCACUCCCAGCAGUGACACCAAUGAUUCCGGGGUGGAGCUGCUGGAGGAGUCAAGGAGCUCACCUCUGAAGCUCGAGUUUAACUUCACAGAAGAUGUGGAAAAUGUAGAGUCCAGGAAAGGCCUUCCAAGAAAACUUGGCAGGAAACUGGGUAACAAACUGCCUCCAAAGGCACAGAAAGAUGGCAUCAGUAAGCCAGGAGGCACCAAAGGUUCAGAACCACCCCCGGACCAAGCCACAGAUGAUGCUUCUCUCUGCCAAGCGUCUUCUAAGCAGAAUCCCAGUUUUGGUCCCCUGGGUGGCCAGUCCACACCGCAGGACUCCCCUCCCCUCUCCUCUAAGGGAUCCUACCACUUUGAUGAGUCCAUGGAUCCCUUUAAACCAACUACAGCUUUAACAAAUGGUGACUGUUCUCCUGCUGGUAAUCAUGUUAAUGAAACCUUAGAAUCACCCAAGAAGGCAAAGUCGCGUUUAAUAACGAGUGGCUGCAAGGUGAAGAAACAUGAAACGCAAUCUCUUGCUUUGGAUGGGUUUUCACAGGAUGAAGGAGCAGUGAUCUCCCAGAAUCCAGACAUUUCUAAUAGGGACGGCCAUGCUACCGAUGAGGAGAAACUGGCAUCCACUUCAUCUGGUCAGAAAUCAGCCGGGGCCGAGGUGAAAGGUGAGCCAGAGGAAGACCUGGAGUACUUUGAAUGUUCCAAUGUUCCCGUGUCUGCCAUAAAUCAUGCGCUUUCAUCCUCAGAAGCAGGCGUAGAAAAAGAGACGUGCCAGAAGAUGGAGAAAGAUGGAUCUGCCGUGCCUGGACCGUUGGAGUCCCCUGUGGAGAAGGCCCCCGUGUCCGUGGCCUGUGGAGGAGAGAGCCCCCUGGAUGGCAUCUGCCUCAGUGAGUCAGAUAAGACAGCCGUGCUCACGCUGAUAAGAGAAGAGAUAAUCACUAAAGAGAUUGAAGCAAAUGAAUGGAAGAAAAAAUAUGAAGAAACCCGACAAGAAGUCUUGGAGAUGAGGAAAAUUGUGGCUGAAUAUGAAAAGACCAUUGCCCAAAUGAUUGAAGAUGAGCAAAGGACAAGUAUGACCUCUCAGAAAAGCUUCCAGCAACUGACCAUGGAGAAGGAGCAGGCCCUGGCUGACCUUAACUCUGUGGAAAGGUCCCUUUCUGAUCUCUUCAGGAGAUAUGAAAACCUGAAAGGUGUUCUGGAAGGAUUCAAGAAGAAUGAAGAAGCUUUGAAAAAAUGUGCUCAGGAUUACUUAGCCAGAGUUAAGCAGGAGGAACAGCGGUAUCAUGCUUUGAAGAUCCACGCAGAAGAAAAACUGGACAAAGCCAAUGAAGAGAUUGCUCAGGUUCGAACAAAAGCGAAGGCUGAGAGUGCAGCUCUCCACGCAGGACUCCGGAAAGAGCAGAUGAAGGUGGAAUCCCUGGAAAGGGCCCUUCAGCAGAAGAACCAAGAAAUCGAAGAACUGACGAAAAUCUGCGACGAGCUGAUUGCCAAGCUGGGAAAGACUGACUGA